CCCAUCUUCCUCUCUCUCUCUCUCUCUCUCUCUCUCUCUCUCUCUCUCAAAACAUUUAACACUCGCAGACAUCCAUCAACAAAAGUUAGUGAACAAAUACAGAGAAGCUCUCUCUCUCUCUCUCUCUCUCUCUCUCUCUUCUCUCUCUACUUUCAACCAUGAAAAUGAAAAUGAGGUUGUUUUUAAUCUCAGUGACAAUAUUUUGUGCCAUUAUCUCAAGCGUGAACUCUUGUUCACCAGCAGACUUGGCAGCUCUUAAAGCCAUCAAAACCGGCCUCACCGAUUCCCAUUUGGGCCUCUUCAACUCCUGGGUAGGAACCGACUGCUGCGUAAACUGGUACGGCGUCAGCUGCGACCCCGAAACUAAGCGAGUCGUCGACAUUAACCUCCGAGGCGAGUCGGAGGACCCGAUACUCACCAAAUCGGGUCAGUCGGGGUUCAUGUCCGGCUCCAUCUCGCCCGAAAUUUGCAAACUCGACCGCCUCACCACCCUCAUUGUCGCAGACUGGAAGGGAAUCACCGGUGAGAUCCCCAAAUGCCUCACUUCACUCUCCAAUCUCCGAGUCCUCGACCUUAUCGGAAACAAGAUUUCUGGCGAUAUUCCUGCCGAUAUCGGAAACCUCAAGAUGCUCACCGUCCUCAAUCUGGCCGACAACCAGAUAUCCGGCAAGAUUCCGGCUAGCAUAGUAAGCAUGUCCGGGUUAAUGCACCUGGACCUCAGCAACAACCAAAUCUCGGGCGAAAUGCCGGCCGAUUUCGGGAAACUCAAGAUGCUGAGUCGGGCUUUGCUGAACCGGAACCAGCUCACCGGGUCGAUCCCUGUUUCCAUCGGCAACAUGAACCGGUUAGCCGACUUGGACCUGUCCAGGAACCGGAUCUCGGGUAGUGUACCGGACUGUCUCGGAAAAAUGCAGGUUCUUUCGACGUUGAAUUUGGACGGGAACUUAAUUUCGGGUCAAUUGCCUUCCAUCCUUCUGAGCAAUCGAGGUUUGGGCAUCUUGAACUUGAGCCGAAACAGCAUUGGAGGUAACAUACCGGACGUUUUCCACGGAAAUUCGUAUUUCAUGGCGCUGGAUUUGUCGUACAACAACUUGAAGGGCCCGAUACCCGGUUCGCUAUCUGCGGCCAAAUAUAUCGGGCACUUGGAUCUGAGCCACAACCACUUGUGUGGGACCAUUCCGGUGGGCAACCCAUUCGAUCACCUCGAAGCGUCGUCGUUUGCCAACAAUGAUUGUCUCUGCGGGAAUCCAUUAAGGACUUGUUAAUCAUGGUAAUGAUUCAAUGAAUAUGAUUCGGCCGAUGGGGAUUGUAAGUUAUUGUAUCGGUUUCGUUUCGUUUCGUUUCGGUCCGAGGUUCCGGGCAGUUGUUUUUUAUUUUAUAAUAUGUGUGUAAUUGUAACAAUUUAUAUAUUAUGUGGUUUAAAUUUUCAAAGCUGUAAUGAAAUUUAAAAGCUACACCAACAAGAAUUUGUCGUU